CAUUGGAUUGCACGAGCAGUCUGCCGUCUGGUAUAAAGUCUUGCGCGCAGUCAUCCGCUUAUCUUAGUUUUCUGAAGACCGGAAAGAACGUACCAGGCCCCUCAUGAUUUCGAAGGUAGUGCUCUUAGCGAUGAUGCUGGUACGAGUCCAGAGUGUCCCACAAGGACCGGCGUAUUUACCACCCUCAGGUGGUGUAGGCCCAAGACCAGGUGGUACUGGUCAUCCAGACGAAUGGGCCGGGGACCCAGUGAACUACGAGUACUCGUACGAAGUGCAAGAUGCAGCGGCAGGGUUAGACUUUGGCCACCGAGAAAUGCGUAAGGAUGACGAGGCCAAAGGCUCUUAUCACGUCUUAUUGCCAGAUGGAAGGACACAAAUCGUUGAUUACGUUGCCGAUGCCGGUGGAUAUCGACCGAUGAUUCGCUACGAAGGCACAGCCACCUAUCCGGCACCUGGAGGCGAGGGUUACAAAUACUGAUUGGAAGAUAUUUAAGAAAAUACUGGCGCCUAUCGAAAAUUUCAAUCAAUUUUUUCAUUCAAUCGAUUCUCAUUGAAGCAUUCAUCGUCAUGCAGGGAAUGGUGUAAGGCUGAAAAGUGAGGGAAACACAAACUGUAGUUUUACUACUUAUAAUCAUGGGCGAUGCUAUUUCCGUGAAUUAUUUAUUAUUUUGUCUGAUCUUUUUUGAUCUUAAAAAAUGGCAGAAUUACAAGUCUUAAUGUUUAGCAUCCGUAAAAGAUUAUCACUAUGCAUAGCGUUCACUGAGUGUGCAAACACGUCGUCGUUUCAUAUCAGAAUUAUUGUUACAUUUUUAUUCGCAGUUAAACCCAUUCAUAUUCCAAUUUAGAGUAGCACAUCAGAGACCCGUCAGCGACUAAUUGAAAACAGAACGUUUCCGCAAUUAAUGUAUUCUAAAAAUACUCGUUGAAAUAAAGUUCCCCCAUCAAUUUUAUUUGUGUUGAUGGUGGUCUUGGGCUUUA